AUACAGAACAAACUCAGUCUAUGGACCAAAUACGAGGCUCCGUUUUAAAACUAAAGAAGAAGACAGCUAUCCCAGCGUGCACUGCUGCUGCAGUGUCCGACAUUACCAAACUAAGCAGACGAGACGCUGUGAGUGAUUUGUGUCUCCAGCGACUAAGUUACAGAUAUCAGGUCGGUACUGCGGUUCCUUCACCCUCUCCAAGAUGAGCAGCAUGCGGACCCUCCUAAACUCCUGUGGGCUCCUCGCCGUACUGGGGGUCGGCUAUGGGAUGUGGUCUAUGAUCUCUCCAGGUGAAGAGAGGCGGAAAGAGCUCAUCAAGAAUCUGCCUGAAUCGAAUCCAGUGAGAAUGGAAGAGACGAGGAAGAGGAACGCUCUGGUGAUGCAGGCACUGAAGGAGGCGGCUGAAACCAACGACAAUAUAGCAAGAGGAUUAGGAGGACCUGCAAAAUAGUUUAUAAGUUGUAAGGAUGGCUGCUGGCAUGCAAGGCCACAACAUGUUCAUUAUGUGAUUUUACAGAGAGAUUUUGCUGAUUGUGAAAACAAUUUACCAUCGGAUGAUGUCAUUAUUUAUUAAAACUCUCCAAACACAACCGCUUUUAAGGUAUAUUUUCAGUCUCAGUUAUGAUCAGGGUCUAGCAUUUAUGUGUUCACAUGUUUGAUAAGACCAAAACCAACAAUGGAUGCAUCUACAAACAAGUAUUGUGUGACAGUAAGGAAAGUUAUAAGUGACCAUGCCUGAAGGGAGUGAAUGACAAGAUGAACGAGAGAUAAACUCUAGGACUGCAGAAGUACUAUCUUCCUGACUGAAAAUCGGCAGAAGGGGUUUGAAUGGAUACAAAAUUAAAAACUAGCAAAGGGCCAUAAUUAGUAUUAAGAGUGCACUGCUCACUGCACACUUAAACAAAUUUUUAGCUAUAAACUUAAUAAUGUGACUGCGCUAUAAUGAAUGACAAAACUGGUGAACAUUUCUUUCCAAAUUUAUAAAAAUCUACAUUGAAUGGUUGAAAAUAUCUAUGGUUUUUGAUCAGCCCAAAUCUUGCAAGGCCAAUAGAUUUGACUGUUUGGGACUAAUCUAAGUCAUGAAAUAAAAUAAUGUUGACUCCUAAUCAGACCUCCCUACCCGCCUCUCCCAUCAGCGUUUAUCGUUUUUACUUUUCGUGCAAGUGAAUUAUUAUUAUUGCAUUAAAAUCA